AUGGACUCUAAUUUUCAUGGCAAGACCACCGCCACCCACCACCAGAACAACCACCACAAACCAUCAACCUCUGAGCUGAUGUCCAGUGCCAAACUGGUGGCUGAAGCAGCCAAAGCCACCCUCAGCCAUGAAUCCGACAAGGUUGACAAGUCCAAGGUAGCUGGCGCCGCCGCUGACCUCCUUAAUGCUGCCUCGAGUUAUGGAAAGCUAGAGGAAAAGAGUUUUGGCAAGUAUGUUCAAAAGGCAGAGAAUUAUCUAUACCAGUACCAUUCUACCACCAGUUCUGGCCACCACUCAACCACCACUAAUACCACCGGACAUACUUCCUCACAUUCAGGUGGGGACGGCCAUUCUGCAAGUGGGUAUGGAGACUAUAUCAAGAUGGCUGAAGAGAGAGAGUCCUUCCUCUUUGAUCUCUCCUCUCUCCCGAUUUCUUCAAUAUCCAGCGAUUUGAAUAUCAGGUUUUAUUUGAGGACCUACACCCAUUGA